UGGGCAGGGGCGGGUCCCUCGCUGGUUCCCGGUAUUGGCGGGUCCCGCCCGGUUCCCGGUAUUGGCGGGGCCGUGCCAGCUCCAUGUCGCGCAGGGCCAUGGAGCAGCCCCGGCGCAUCACCGACUCCUUCCCGCGGCGGCGGGGCCCGCGGCGGCCCCCGGGCAGGCUCAAGAACAAGAAGGACGAGGACAAGGACAAGGACAAGGCGCAGCUGAAGGUGCGGGACUGUCCCCGCGCUCCCUCGCAGCCCCCUCCGGACCCGGCGCUCAUGGAGAUGUUGCGGCGCUUCGACCUCUCCUGGGAAUACGGACCCUGCACCGGGAUCACCCGCCUGCAGCGCUGGGAACGGGCACAAGAGCUGGGGCUGAGCCCCCCCGGCCCCAUCCGUGACGCCCUCCUGGAGCACCGGGACAACCCCGACGUCACCUACAGCCUCUGGCACGAGUACGAGCUCUGAGCCAGCACGCCGAGGGAGCGGGGGACCCAUUCCCGACGCCCCCAGACCCCAUUCCAGGGACACCGGCUGGAUUAAAGUUGGUGUGAGCGAAGGAAAGGGUGCCGUGUGCUGCCUGGGGGGCACGGGGUGGGGUGAAACCCUUGGGGUGCAGGGGGAGGGCAGGAAUUGCAUCUCCCCCCAAAAAAGAUGGGUGGGGUGUCCAGUCACGCAGUUUAAUUCCACCCAACUGGGACUCAGGGAGAAAAAUGUGUUCUUGGGCAGAGAAAGGGAGGUGGGAUUUUCUUCCCCCAGGAAUGGGGUGAAAAAAUGAAGAGCGAGGUAUAAAAUCAGGUGAAAGUGAGCACAGGGGUCUGAGGCAGGUGGCUGUGGAUGGUGGGGAUUCCCUGCAGCGGGGUGGGAAGGGUGACAGUGUCCUGUGGGAUUCAUAUGUUUACUAGCCCGAAUGAGCAGCUUUGCUGUGUGCAGAAUGAUAAAUAACAGGAUGUAUCUGUUAAUUAUUCAGGUUAUUGAUGACUUAAUUCACCAGCUCUUUCUGUUGUUUCAUUAAUAAAAUAAAUUGUUUCUAUCUCU